ACCCUUCUUUACCGAAGGAGGUAACUCUAAACACAUAUUUCUCCUGAUCUUCGUCGGGUAUCCUCUAUUCCCCUCUAGCGUAUUUCUGAGCCCCGUAUGUGGCUUCUCGUUUCCCAAAUCUUGCGUUCUUAUCUGAAUUUCGAAGAGACAAUCAACAAAUAAAGAAACCAACAAAAAAUCCGUAGCUCCUAAAGGUUCGUUCGAAAACCAGAAAAAGUUUUCAGAGAGGUCAUUUUGUCGCUCCGGUUUUUGCCAGUAUUUUUGCCCUCUGUUGCAGUGUAAAACCGAAGCUUAUUUUGUACGAUCUGGCGCACUAAUACAAUGAUAAAAUGGCGUAAUAGUGGAAUAAUAAGAAUCUACACUGGUCUACUUUGAAAUAGCUGAAUUGUCAACAUGUCUUCCCUAAAACAAAAGUACUCCCCAUUUAACAUUAUCAGUGAUAAACGAGUGAAAAAUCUAAAUUCCGUUCGAUAUGGAGCUGAAAACCAAAGUAUGGAACCCCUGAAUUCAGGACAAAAAUCUUAAGAGAGCAAUAAAUGACAGUGAGGACCCGUAGGAUCAAAGUUGUUGAUGAUGUUGUUUUUGUUAAUGUUGGACCCUGGGCAUCCAUUUAUGACAGCUUUUGUCGAAGGGUUUACCUCGGUAAAAUGUGUUAUAAUUGUUAUGAAUGGGUUUACUUAAAGAAAGACUUAGCUCUUUUGUUAAAGGCGCCGGACAACGAAAAUGAAUUUAAGUGAAUUUAUGCCAAGAUGAAUUGCGCCCUAGACCAUAAAAAUUUCGAGUUUGAUAGUCAGUGACUGAGAUUAGGAGAAUUGAUUCGAUGAGUUUGGCAAACCACUAGAUUCAUGCGCUACAAAAGCCCCGCUCACUGCAAGGAUGAGACGUAACGUCGAAAGCGCCCUGUGUGACACCUGACCAAAACCGGCAUAUGGUAAAUUUUGGGCUUGCUUGCGAUUCAUCAGUAAUUUCCAAGGGAACGUAAUUUAUAUUCCCUUUAAAUUUCGUGGUUAUCGAAUUAAAGAAAUUAAUAAAGAGGAGCUUUUUAUUGGUUGGUACUAAAUAUCUCGCUGGACUAAAUUUGACCCUCGUAUUGUUUAGUUUAUUUGCAAUCUGCCGUUUUAUUUCUUGUUAUUUGCCUCAAAUGCUGCUUUUCCGGCAAUCUUCAGUUCUCAAGAUUUUAAUUGAUGUAGUAAUGCCCGACUUGAGGAUGAAAUCGAACUAUUUCAAAGAAAUUUAUAUUCUAUUGAGAAUGAUCAUGGUGAUCAGGCGCUCACUGAUUGGUUGAUUUCCACGGUACACCUGUUUACCUGAGUAAAUCAAAUUCGAAACAGUUUUUCUUAAGCCACCAAUUUACAUAUUUACCACUUGUGAUGAUUCAUCUUAUUAAAAAUUGCACGAAUGUACUCAGAUAAUUUUAUUCGCAACGAUUUUAAGCUUUUAUUUUGAAGAACACACCAUGUUUCCUCCAAAAUCAACCAUAUCGUGGGGUGGAAGAUCUAAAUUUUGUUGGUUCAUUAUUGCUGUCAUGGCUGCGAAUUGUGAAGGUGCAAAAGACAAGAAAAGGGCGCAAGAGGUUUUAGAAAUUCAAGCCCACGAUUCACAGUAAGUAAUAUUCUAUUGUUAAAUAUUUUUGUAAGGGAAUAAAGUGUUGUUAUCAAGUUUCUCAAUUUUUUACCAAGGGGGAAGUGCGCCUUUCAAUUCCAAGUUUCAAUAUCUUGGUUUUGUUUUCAAUGUCACCAGUCAAUUUAGCGGGUUGAUCCUGCUGGUGAAGUAGUUGAACUCGAAGGAAAAUUAGCACUUAUCUAUGUAGUCUUAAUACCCUGAGAAGUAAAUACAAAUGAAAACAGAACUUAUUUGUGGCUUUCGACGCACGAUCUCCUUCUGUAUCUAACUAAACACCAGAGAAGAAAGGAAAACUGAACGAAUUUAUCCGUAAACGUGUCAAUUUGGUCUUAUGAGGAUUUAAUUUCUAUCUGAGCGGAUGUCACGACCGAGAGUCAAAUCCGCAAAGGUUCGGAUAAAGUUCGGAGACGAUGAACUGAUCGGAAAUAGAUUGAUAUAGCGACGCCGAUACCGUUUCCACUUUAUGCGACCAGUUUCUAUUCUUUUCAUUUUCCGCCAGGUUCGAUGUAGCUGAUAGCGCAGUUUUUAAGCUAGGAUUUUUCGAAGAGGGUUGUCGACGGCACAGCCAUACGACUCGUGAAUAUAACAGACGAUCCGUACGGAUCUUACGGAUCGAAAGCUCGGUUUUACGAGUCGUUACGAGCCGUCGUAUUGGAAAUGAAUAAAUCGUAGCGCCUCUCUCAGUUUACUAGUAUCCCCUUAACUCCCAAGAGUGACCAAAACAGAAUUUCUCCCCAUAAUAUCGCUACAAUUUCAAGAAGACAGGUGAUGAGAAUAAAGAAAAAUGUAAAUCAAAGGAUUAUUAGUUGAUCCAAUACCAAAUUCUCCAAACUCACAGCAUAAGAAUUGUACGGCAGACAGUAAGGAGAACUACCAUGAGAUCUUGGAAGUGAGAGGAUGAAGCGUUCGUGUGGGCUAUUUACAACCUGUUUCUUCGGAAAGUUUUCUCAGGCAAUACCUUUCUCAGUUUUGCAAAACGUAGCUGAAAAACGCCAGUUUAACAUUUAAACCUAAACACGGAAAGAAUUCAAUUAGAAAUGUCGCCAUCAUGUACUUUACAGCCAUCUAAAGGAACAUCUGAUGGAACAAAUGGGAAUGGAUGAAGAAGCAGCAAUCAAAUACCUGAAUGUAAGUACGAUGUUUAUUUUUGUGAAAUGCGUCACACAGAAAUAUGAGAUGUCGCUGUUUAUCUUUAAAGAGAAUAAUCGCCCGCAGAAUCACUCUACAAACUACCAAGCCCCAUGGUUCACGCCACGCCCGAUGACUUUGAAAACCGUUUUUCUUUCGACGGUUUGGCAUAUUGUUUACACUUAUCCAGAUAAAUUGUUCUUCGGUUAAGGACCUUUUCGAAAGCGCUCUUCGAAUUGCAUAAGUUUGAAGAAGAUUCGCAUAUCAUAGCAAUUAUCAACAGAUUCUAUUGGUAAACCACCAUAAGACACACGUCCUCCUAUGUAGAACACUUUUGCUGUACCUUAGCCUUAAUUUUCGCAGUAAACCUUUUGCCUCUACCGGUCUUAUAGGAAACCAAGGGAGAGGUUCAGUUCUUCUUGAUGCAUGACUAUGAUAAUAACAGCAAGUUGGAUGGUCUUGAGUUGUUUCAAGGUCUCUCGCAUCAUGACCAUUCCCAGGACGAGAAAGGUACGCGCAUGUGAAUAAGUUAAUCUGCAAUCUAGGCAGGCUCUCGCUUUCCGAAAGGCUCUUUGGUAAAUAUCUGUUUCACGCAGAUAUGAUUAUAACUUGAAGUUUAAUUCACGCCUGCAUUCUUUGAAUUUAGUGCAUACAGACCAGACAGCCUUCCUGAAAGAAGUACAGGCCGAGGUUGUGUGUUACAGUUACUCUGCGCAUGACUUUAUCGUUCGCACCUUCACUUUAAAUUAAUUUUCUCGCGCUGUCCAUGCUCUCCUCUGAGAUGCAGGAAAUGGCAUCAGUCGUGAUAAGGACUUCUGCACCGAUCAAUUCGAAGCAUCAACAUCUCUCCCCGGGCAACUCACAGGCACUUGACCGUCGUCUGUGCCCAUAAUUAUCUUGAAUAAAUGGGAUGGGGUGGGGAAUUUAAAGCGGGAAUGUCAAGUCUUUCCAGGGGAAUACAGGUGUUAUAUCUUUAAAUAUAGAUGUGUUUAAAGGUAAAUAGUUAACUUUCACGAGCAAAGAAAGCAAGGAAACAUAAACUGUGUAUAUUCCCUUAGUAGAAAUUCUCGGUCGCUGAUUUGCCUUGCACAAAAAAAUUGGCUGGGGUAUUUGAACACAAUUUUAUUCCCGGAGUGCGUAAUUUGAAUGCAAUCUUCAAAAGCUCAAAUUGCCGGGGGUUGCCCGAGGGGGGAUGUUGAAGCUUCGAUUGAAUGGACGCAUUAGUUAUUAAUUUUUUUUUCUUGCUUUAUUUUAGAUGAUCACGAGUCAAGCAAAAUUGCGGAGGACGAAAUGGCAACUUUCGUCGACACAAUCUUAGAAGACCAGGACCACAAUGACGAUGGGUAUAUAGACUACCCCGAGUUUGUGCACUCUUUCCGUCCAACUUCAGGGCACAGUGGAGGUUCAUAA